UUUAUUGUACGUAAUUUACAGACUGUUGACUUUUCGCAACCCGCCACUUCUCAAAACCAACUUCUAGUGAUGAGAGAUUUAGCUAUAGCGCUGUCAGCAUGUAUUUAUCAAUCUCUUUGUGAUUCUGAUACAUUCAAAAUGAGUCUCCAAGACUCCCAGGAUGCUUCUGUAACGCAUCUGGUGGGUCGUCGAAGAAGAAUGUCAAUGAGUGAGGGUCAACAAAUAACAACUUUGCCCGCCAAAUGGCCUGGCGUUACGAGUUUGAGAUCUUUAUUAGCACGUGAGAAGGACGAAGACACGCCCCGUUUAACAGUUCUCCUCUGCGAAUCAUUUACUGCCGUCUACAUGGUCCUUCUUCUGUAUGGCAUCUGUACCAUGGACGCUGUUAUACUUUUCCAUGUUACCGGGCAUGUGUUUACAGUUGAAACUUGGGGAAAAUUAUUUGGUGGGGGUACAAAGAAGUUAUUGCGAACUGCCAGUGUACCCCAAAGUCAACCAAGUAUCCAGAGUACCCCUUCGGAGGAGGGCAGUGGUCCUGCUAUGUGGCUGAACAAGCAGAGGGUGAAAUUAAACUGUAAACUAUUAGGGCAUCAACCACUUACAAUGAAAGAGGAUAAAGCAACUUACAGAGAGCAAUUUGUACCUCCAGAAAUGAGCAUGUUGGCCUACUUGCUUACAAAGCCGGAUGCAGGACCGGACUGCGAUGAUGUUUCCAGCGACUCUGAAAGCGAGGAAGAAGACGUAUUUGACACUGAUGCGCCCGAACAAGAAAUAAACAACUUGGAACAUUCAGAUCCCAAUUCCUAUUCGUGGCUAGUACUUAAAUUGGCUACUCUAAGAAUAGUACAUCAUAAUCUUACCGAAUUUUUUUGUAUUGCCGGACUAGAGAGUUCGGAAUUACCUGUUGCCAGCCCCUUAAUACACAGCACAUUGCGAAGACUUACUUAUUGGCAAGAGUCCUUGAAAGCCGAGCUCGAUUCAAGACAACCCCCACCUGAAUACAUACCAGGGUGUUUCGCAGAACAUACUACGGGUCCUCUAAUACACAAAUACAGACAACUUUUGGAGCCCCAAAAUACUCCGUUCAUUAAUAAAAGCUGCGCUAGUGCAGUGCGCAGACUAUGGACUUUCCUAGUACACAAGGAGAUCGUUCAAGACAUUUUCAUUCGCGCUGUAUUUGGUAAAAGAAGAUCGAUAAUCAGUAUCGACGAGGUUGUACCUCAUCAAGAAGAAGUGGAAGACCCUGUUAGGAUAAUUCACAAAGAGCAGGACUCCAUAUCAGCUUUCAGUAUUAAUCAGGUAAAUGCAAACAAUGUACAUAAUGGAUCGAUAGUGGUCGGUACGCCAAGAGAACUCCAGGAAAUGGACAUUUCGUUACUUUUGGAACUUCCUGCGUGGCUGAAGGAUGAAUGUGAACUGGAUAUUUUGGGUUUGAAGCAGGAGUUGCCAGAUACUUCAACGGCUCCCCCCUUCUUGGUUAUACAGAGUGCCGGUGAUAAAACGAAGGAUCAGUUGCAACAACAACAACAACAGCAGCAGCAACAACAGACACCAUCGACGGGUAGCCCACAGCCCGGUUACGGGUGUCAAACAGGCCGAGGAGCCACCGUGGUACUUGUGACCACUGGUAAACGUGGGGAUGUUUGCUUGAUUGAUGUCAGAAGUCGUACUAUUAGGCAUCGAUUCCAAGCUCAUGAAAAUGCCGUCAAAUGUGUUGCUAUUGAUCCACAUGAAGAGUACUUUGCCACUGGAUCUGCAGAUGGAGAAAUCAAGACGUGUGCGUGUGUGUAUGAGGGCGCAUAUCGGUGCGGCGACGGCGACGGUCGUCGGGACGCUCUCAAGACGCCUGCCCAGAACGGUGUCAGAGGCGCUGACGACAGGUCAGUGUUUGGUUGUCAUACGUGGAGUAAAGGUGAAAGUUCGACAUAG